AUGAUUCCUUCCCAAGUCGUAGAGGAAAAGUGGUCUUCCCCAGCCACUACAGCUGGCAAGAAGAAAGCAGAGCCUUGUUCAUGGAACCAAGAUGCGGUGGAUACUAAUGGAAAGGACUGGAGUGCCCCAUGGAGCGAGCGCGCAUUCUUCCCUGGUAUAGCUCCCUGGAAAACAGUAGAAGCGAGGAUCCCUUCAUCAGAACAGAGGCCACCCCCUUACUCUACCAUUGGGUUAAACAGUUCUGUGUCUGCUUCGGUCGGUGAUCCAGUUGCUCAGCCCAGUGCAUCUGACAGUCAAUGGGAGGCCACACCAACUGAGCCCAUCGACGAUGAGUGGUCUGGUCUAAAUGGUAUGAGUUCAGCUGACCCUAGUUCUGACUGGAAUGCACCAGCAGAGGAAUGGGGAAACUAUGGAGAAGAGGAGCCAGUGCCCCCAUCACAAAUUGAAGAAACUGAGCAAGAGGUUCCAAAGGUUUCUGAUGAUGAAAAAGAUAAGGAAGAAACUACUGGCCAAACUUCUGCCAGUAGCAAAACCAAGAAGAAG